AUGAUUCGCGACCGAAUUGUGUUUGGUGUAAGUGAUACUCGACUGAAAGAGCGUCUCCUUUGUGAAUCAUCUGAUCUUACACUGGAAAAAGCGGUGGAGAAGUCGAGUCAGAGGAAUUAUUUAUCGGGACAUUGACUGACCCGCGAAGUGCUGAAAAUUCAGUUUGGUUUUCCAAUUUGCUCAUUGGUGGAACAACAGUUAAAUUUAAACUGGAUACCGGAGCUGAAGCCAACGUAUUACCACUUAGUGUUUGCUCUAACCUCAGGAACAAAUCCCCGCUGCUAGAAACAAGCGUUGUUCUUUCAUCGUAUGGAGAGUUCAAGGUAAAGCCUGAAGGAAAACUGAACUUAAGCUGUAAGAAUCAAGGAAUGGAACAAACUUCCGAAUGCUCACCGGGAUAUGAUAAUUAUGGUACGGUGAGAUAGGCAUAGAGGUUUAACUCAUGAUUUUUAAUCAAUUCUCGUGCAUUUUCUUUUUAGAGUUUUUAAUUCUCGGCAUGAUGUACACUCAGCUGGCUAGGGACGUGAAGUGACGGGAAUCCCUUCUACUUUCUCAACGUACCAAAAUUAUGAUAUCUCGGUGAGCAUUCGGAAGUCAGCCAAGCGCGGUCAUUGCAAGCGUGCUGAACAAGAAUGCUGUAUCAUGGCAGCCUAGAAACAAUAGAAAACUCCCAAAGCCAAAACUCAGCCAAAACGCUAAAAAUCUUCCAUGUUUACUUAAGAUUGGGCUUAUAGAAGAUAAUGUCACAGGUUUUCAACAACCAUGAAAUUCAGAAUCCGGGUAGUUAGUUAAUCAAUUGUGGCCCUGAAAAAAUUGGAAGGAAAAAAAACUAUGGAUUUUUAAGAAAAUGCUUUUUUCGUGAGAAGGACUCUUACACGCUGACAAAUAUCAACAAAUAGCUAAAACUAUAAUUUCUAUAUGUUUGCAUUACUCGAAAUUGCGCACAUUUACUAGGCCCUAAAGCUAUUUGCUGACUUGCAAGGACCCAUCCGAGAGAUUUUCACGAAAAAAUGCCAGCAACAGCAGAAUGGCACUUAAACUACGUGACAAUUACUCCGAUUGCCAAAAAUUUUAUGCUAUAUUGUAGAUUGAUCUAUAUGUUAUCCAUGCUAUAUGAUAGACUCACGAUCAAAGUAAAGGUGGGGAUACCAGAGAGCUUUAAAGUAGGAUGGUACCCCCACAAAAUAACUGGGUCGAGUCACCUUGAAUCUCGACAGAAGGGUUGAAACUCUUGCCCAGUCUCCGCUCACUAAGUCUGAAAUUAUAAAGGAGUUCUCCGCUGUGUUCUCUGGGGUGGGGCGCAUGGGAGGCGAGUAUCACAUUGAAUUGGAUGACAAAGUCGAGCCUGUAAUUCAUCCACCUCGCAAAGUGUCAUAUAGCCUGCUGGAGAAACUAAAACUGAAACUUCAAGAGUUAGAGGAGAAAGACGUUAUCCAGAAAGUAGACAUACCCACUCCAUGGGUUAACAGUCUGGUCAUAACGUGAUUAUGCUUGGAUCCACGAGAUCUUAACAAGGCAAUUCGUCAUGAGCAUUACAGAAUCCCAACAGCAGAAGACAUAGCAAGUCACCUGAGUGGCAAAAGGGUCUCCUCUAUUGUUGAUGAAAAGGAUGGCUUCUGGCAGGUGCCC